AAGUGACAUUUAUAGUCGAGAGAGGAGUCGUGAGCUCCGACCUUCGCAGAGUAAAGUGAGCUGGAAAAAUACUCUUUAACAUUGAACUUUAAGUUUUGGGCAGAAUACCGGCCAAACCCAAUAUCUACUCUUCUGCACAUUGGCUGCAAGCCAACACUGACUACACCGGCACAAUGUUUAUCAGUUACAUAUUGUCCUCUUGCCACAUAACUGAGGCUGGAGAUGGAAUAGUGAGUCUCACAGCUCCGGAACAACGCAAGGGUUAUCUUCGUCCCAUCACCUAUCCCAGGUCUGGUGGCUGAUUUCAGAGCGACGGGAAGGUCGAGUAAAUCGGGAGUACAGCCGGCUGGUGUUCUAUGGUGCCAGGGAGGUUGGGAAAAUGACAGACGUGAUGCAAGUCACCCCGAACACCACCCCCCACACGUCUAGAACUCGGGUCGCCUUGCUACUGAGGGGAGUAAAGAGGAUAAUACCAGUCAACUUCUGGGAUGAAGCGAAAAGAGUGUCGCUGGUAGCCGGGCCGGUGUUUUUGGCACAGCUGAUGGAGUUUUCCAUAAGUACUGUCAGCACCAUAUUCUGUGGACAUUUGGGAAGACUUGAAUUGGAGAUAGUUUCACUUGCUACAACGGUGAUCAAUGUAUCAGCUAUCUCUGUUGGUGCAGGGCUGGCCUCAACAUGUGACACACUCUUUUCUCAGACACAUGGCAGCAAGAACUUGAAGAGACUCGGUGUGAUUCUUCAGCGAGGGAUUCUCAUCCUCAUGAUCUUCUGUUUUCCCUGCUGUGCUCUCCUUCUUAACACCGAGCACAUCCUGUCGGCUUUCAAACAGUCUCCUGAGGUGGCCAGGUUAACAACAUCGUACGUGAAGAUAUUCAUCCCUGCCCUCCCUGCAAUAUUUCUUUAUCAGUUGGAGAUCAAAUACCUUCAAAAUCAGGGAAUAAACAUGCCGCAGGUUUUCACUGGUUUUCUGGCCAACAUUUUCAAUGCAGCAGUGAAUUACAUCCUGGUAUACAUGCUACCUCUGGGCAUUCAAGGCUCAGCUGCAGCCAGCGUUGUCUCUUGGUACUGCCAGGCUAUCUUCCUGUUCUUCUACAUCCGAUGGAGAAAGCUAUACGUGGAGACCUGGGCAGGAUGGUCCACUGAGUGUCUGCAGGAGUGGGGUCACUUUGUCCGACUGGCUAUCCCCAGCAUGCUUAUGCUGUGCAUUGAGUGGUGGAGUUAUGAAAUUGGAAUGUUCCUUUCAGGGUUAAUUAACGUGGUUGAACUCGGAGCCCAGAGUGUCGUUUAUCAGAUUUUAACAAUGAUCCCUCUGGGGUUUAGUGUGUCUGCCAGUGUUCAUGUGGGGAAUGCACUAGGUGCCAGGAGUCCACAGCAGGCUAAAAACUUGGCGAGAGUUGCUCUGUGCUGCACUGGGUUCUGUGCAUUGGUGACUUGUGUGAUACUGAGAACGGUCAGCCAUGUGCUCGGCUAUGUCUUCACCUCUGACAAAGAGAUUAUUUUGCUGGUUGCAGAUAUAUUACCUUUGGUCAUUAUUCAUCAGCUCUUUGAUGCCAUUACUUGCGUGAGUGCCGGAGUGUUGAGAGGGGCAGGGAAACAGAAGCUGGGUGCUGUCGCUAACUUUGUUGGAUUUUAUCUGAUCGGGUUUCCUAUUGGAAUCUCCUUGAUGUUUGCUGGAAAACUUGGAAUAUUGGGCUUUUGGUUGGGGCUGAUGAGCUGUACUGCCAUACAAUUCGUUUUCUUUCAAGUAGUGAUUUACAAGUUAAACUGGAAUGAGGCAUCGGAUCAGGCUCUGGUUAAUGCAGGCGUGAAGAAAGAUGUGAACUCCUCCCACAGGGCUUCAGGAAGUCAAACUGAAGACAUUUUGACAGGAGUGUGUUCAGGAAACAUUGCAGUCAUUGAUGUUAGUCCAGUGGAAGAUACCAUGGGACAACCGAGAGAGGAAACCUCUGCCCCAAAGACGAGUGCUAGCCCUGUUCAAGAAACGUUAACAGUGAAACAGCUGAUUGUUCGGCGCGGACUAGCUUUCCUUUCUGCACCACUGAUACUGGCUAUCGGACUGCUGUUACUGAAGGUAUAGAGCCUAUUGAGCUUCACAGAGAAAAGCAUGGGCCCUGGUUCCUUUAGACAGUGUGAGGAACAUCAAUGAAAGGCUUUGACCAACGGACUACAGAGGACAAGGUUCGCGCAGAGUGUGGCCACUACUGCAGACACACUGGGAGAUUCCAACCUGACACCAAGACCAGCACCAAUGCUCAGUUCUAAACAGCCCUCACCAAUCAGUUAAAUUUCCAGUUGUACACUAUAACGAGGGGAGGUCAAUUUUACUUUCAGCAGCUUAGACAGCAUCUGGUGGAGUAGCUCAUUGUAAAACCCAGCAAGUUUUUAAGGAGAACAUGGCAGAUUAUACACCAGAUUAACAAUUUGCAUCGCCAGGAUCCACCCAAGUGAUGAAGGUGAAAUGACUCCCCAUCCUCCCAUCCUAUCCUGGUUCUGAAGACACACCUUCCCACAGGCUGAAGUUUGGGUUGAAUUUGUAUGGAAUUGAUGGCUGGGUGAAAUAUUAAAGUACAGCCUCCGCCACAUGUGUGAGUGGUCUCCAGAUCCUCAACUUCCCCUGCAACAAAUAAACAUUCUCAUGUACCGAUGAUGAAAUUGUCCUGUCUUUUGUCUUUAUAAACAUUAUUUUUAAUCCGGUAAUGACAAUAUACCCUUUGUAUAUUUCCAGCUGUAUAACAGUGGCUAAAUAUCAGAUGUUCUUGACUGCAAACAUCUCCGGUAAGACCAAGGAUGUGAGGGGGGCUAUGCAAAUGCAAAUCUUUUGUGUUGACAUCUAUUUAUUUCCUGAAAUCAGUAAUCG